GUCAAAGAGAUGACUUUCUGAUCUAUGUUGAACAAGAAAAUGGAGAAUUCACAGAGGCCCAUGCUUCUAUUUUUAGGGAUAUGUAUGUUCUCAUUGCAGUGGAUGCCGACCCAUCUGGAAGUCAAUGUGGCCUUAGGAGGAAUAGCAAUACAAUCUUCUCCUUCCAUUUACCCUGCUUACCUUGCUAUUGAUGGCAGCAGAGCAUCUAACAUGAUGUCCUUCUCAUGUACACACACAAAUAAUGAGUAUAACCCAUGGUGGAGGCUGGAUUUGUUGGCGGUGUAUGACAUUAGCAAGGUAGUCAUCACUAACAGAGGCGACUGCUGUUCACAACGGAUAAAUGGUGCUGAGAUUCACAUUGGCAACUCCUUGAUCAACAACGGCAACAACAACCCCAGAUGUGUCAUCAUCUCUAGCAUCCCUGCUGGUGCCUCUGCAAAUUACGCCUGCAAGAUGAGGGGUCGUUAUGUGAACAUCAUCAUUCCCAAUAUUAUCCAGGUUCUCACACUCUGUGAAGUGGAAGUCUAUGGGGCUCCAGUGCAUAGUAAGAGGGCAUUUGUGAGACUGAAGUUUAACAGCAGUGAGGAUCUCAUGAACCCUACCGUGAGGGACAAAGUUCUUCAAAAGAUGAUAUCUGCGAAUGUCCAGCCUUCAGUGCUUCAGAUCCGUUGGACAAAGGAACCAGAGGUGGAAACUGAAACUUAAAAAAUGGUGGCAGAAAUAUAUCUUAAACAAGAAGAAGAAGAAGAAGAAGAAGAAAAAAAAACAGAAAAAGACCAUCACAUGUGUGGGUUUGGGUAUAGCACUUAGAAAUACUAGCUAGCUGAUGUUAUAUAUUUAUUACUUAGAAGUACUAGAAGCUUUUUUGUUUUGGAAAUGUAUCUAUGAAAAAUUAUUGUUAUUAUAACAGGGUUCAUACAAGGUGCUUGAAGUGCUUGAUUUUGGCUUUUGGAAAUUUAAGUACUGGAAAACGUUGAAAAUGUUCUAUGGAAACGUCUAAAUAUGAUAAAAACUAUCAAGGACAUUUGACACAGGACUAAGACUAAGAAUUGCUGACAAAAUUAACACUAAUUCACUCCUACAAUCAAUAUAGUGCCUGUUUCUGGUACGUCUGUGGAAACCAGACAACCUGGAUGAAACCCACACAAUUCAUCAGAAUCACAAUCAGUCAGGGCUCCAGUGGCGCAAUCGGUCAGCGCGCGGUACUUAUACAGCAGUACAGGUGAAGC